AUGCUGACCGUGGUCCCGAGCUUCCGCUCCUGGGCCCUGGUCGGUACGAACUUCGCCUUCGGGUGCCGCAUCGGCAUCUGGCAGCCAGCUCGAGGUGCCCCCAAGUUUCCCCGCGGGGAGCUGCCUGGCACCGUGCUGCAGGUUCUGGAGAAGCUGGAGGCCAGAUUCGGCUCCACGAAAACGGACACCGGCCACAGGCUGCUGCCGGACUGCGUCCGCGUGAUCCAGGGAGACGGAGUGGACAUCAAGUCGCUGGAGAUGAUCCUGCAGGCCAUGGCGGACCACGGCUGGGCCGCGGACAACCUCGCCUUCGGCAGCGGCGGGGCCCUGCUGCAGAAGCUGCACAGGGACACGCAGAAGUGCGCGUUCAAGUGCUCGCACGCGAUCAUCAGUGGCCAGGAUGUGGACGUCCUGAAGGACCCCAUCACGGACCCCGGCAAGAGGUCCAAGAAGGGCAGGCUGACCCUGGAGUUGAGGGAAGGCCCCCAGGGCAAGGAGUGGACCACGGUGACAGAGGGCAAGGGCGACUCCCAGGCGGACCAGCUCGUGGAGGUGUUCCGCAACGGCGUGCUCAAGGUGGACAUCGACCUGGCCGCCGUCCGAGCACGGGCCGGGGAGGGGCUUGCGCCGCCGUGA